UGCUGGUUGCAGCAUGGAGGAUCCACGAACCCACCCACAGUGAUAAAGACAACCUCAGACAAAACCAGGUACUAUAAACUCUUCACACCUUCUCCAUAGGCGAUCGAUCUUUCGCGCGAGAAGCUUGUUCCGCAACAAGGGAUCCAAGAAACCCAUUGCAAAUGCGUCGCUCUUGCAGCCAGCAGUCCUUGAGCGAUCUCUUAAUUGGCGCCCCGGCUGUGGCCCUCUCCCCCCAGAAGAAAUGCAACGUUGCAAACGGGCGAAAUGGCAUACGAAGGCUGCGCAAGAACACCGUUGUCAAGAUCCUGGCUCGUCUCAACAGGGCCUCUAGAAAAUCUUCGCGCGGCUUUGCUCUCGCCUCCAGAAGAUGUUCCUCCACGCCCUCCUCGCCAAAAGUCGUGAGUAUCGUCGAGAAAGUUCGAGUUCGAGCUGAUCUUUCUUGUCUUGUCCAGUGCUUGGAUGGAUCUAAGAAAGAUCAUCGAGACAAGCUGGUGCUACUGAAUUUGCUUGCUGCGCUCUAUGGCCUUGGAAACGUAAUCUCCAAGUUCGUGGACGCAGGAGCAGCUCCAGCAACUUUAAACUCGGCAGUCAAAUACGCGUCGGCGUCGCUUGUGUUCCUUCCGUUUCUGAUUCGAAGCCUCAAGAGCGACGAUGGCGGCCACAUUCGAGCUGGAGUGGAGCUUAGCUUGUGGACGUUUGCUCACAGCCUUCUCUCGAGUAGCAGCCCGAGAAGCACCGACAUGAACGCGGCUUCACUGCUCUAUGCAUUGACGGUUCUUGGCAUUCCCGUCAUGCAGCUCUAUGCCGGGAGAUCAAGCAAAGUUACAUGGCUGGCUAUCACGGCGGCUCUCCUCGGCAUGGGACUCCUGGAAGAAGAAGGAGCUGGAUGGAAGGGAAUUCUUCUACCAUCGUGUGAUAGCACCUGGGCGAUUGUCGAGGCAUCCUUCUCCAUCCUCCAGCUUCUUCGAUCGGAAUCACUUGGAAGGAACCGAGACCCCGUGCGAUUAAAUGCGAUUCAGCUGUCGCUUCUCUCGAUCCUCAACGCUGGAGUGGAGCUGAGCCACCUCAACUCCUGGACUAGUCUCGUGAGCGAAGCACAAACGCUACCGUGGUGUCCUCUGCUUUUCAGUGGCCUCGUCUGCGUCGGCCUGGGGAGUUUGCUGGAAAUGCGAGGCCUUCGAGGAGUGAACAGCUCCACCAUCGCCAUGAGCAGCCUCAUGAUACCAGUUUGGGGAGCUUUCUUCUCGCUGCUAGAGCAGGGAAGAUCCUCGCAGGAGAUCGCCCUUCUCUCGGGGAUGGUUCUCACGGUUGCCAGGCUUUCUAGCUUCUUCAUGCAUGGACUGCUACACCAUCGAGACGACGAGGAGGAGGAUAAUAGCAACAGCCAGCAAAGUUCUCAAAAAUCGGGGGUUAGAAACCAUCUUCCAGUGAUGAUCUUAUCGUGCCAGUUGAAGUAUCCAUACUACGUUAACCAGGCCCAGGCUCUUCUUGGAGAUGUGGACUCGAGCAUGAACUCCAGCCUAGAGCUACUGGAAAACACGAGCUUUCCCGAUCACCAACAGCGAGAAAUCUAUCAAGUGAAGGCUUUGCAUGAUCAUCUACUAGUAGGCGCAUCCGAUGGGAUUCAAGGGAGUGGUCAUGCUGACUACUCGCUUGUAGACACAACUGUUCAUAUCGUCACGAACUUUAACAACACCUUCGUCGCCUUGAGUGUGAGUACGCUGCAAACGUUGGCGAGCUGGGCAGACAGUACUCUCACGAUUUUUGUAAGCUAGAUCUGUAGAAGUAUGAUGAA